AUUUUCUAUUUCACAUCGCCAUGUUCACAAGCAUGCUCCGUAUGCCUCGAUCGCCAUCUCAGUGGCUGCCACACUUGACAAAGAAAUCCGACAGCGUCCCGGACUGCUGUCGCCGACAAUCCAAAGCAGCAUUGGCGGCGUCAUCGAACAAUCACCACCAACGCUACAGCUCGUACGAUGGCAUCAGCUACCAAUUUGUCGACGGAUCGUUGCUCCAUCGUUUGUCCACUACGGUGGGUGGUCAUCGCGUCGUGUUUGGCUUGGCCCAAGUAAAGUUGUUGCGACGAAAACUAGACCUGAACGUAGCCCUAAGCCCCAUCGAAGAAGAGGCCACGUCAACAUGCGAAAGCUGCCACUCGAACACGUUCAGCCGCCUUUCCAAGACAAAGUGCAUUACGUUGUUGACCUUGCCGCUCAAGUAAUCCUAGCCUUUCAAACCAAGCCCAUCACAACACCAUCAUUGACGGGCACGGACACUCACCACAGCCAACAUAUUUAACAAUAAAUGAAUCCUUGAACUAUUAAGAAUCAGUAAACCCCAACCGUACGAUGCAAGAGGUGUCAGGUAUUAUUAUGAAAUAUAU